AUGCCUGUAUUUCCUGUCCCGUGUUGUGCUCCUGCAGUGUGUUGUCAUAUUAUUUGUGUUGCUGUGUUAUGUUACAGUAAAGGGGCGGGGCCAGGUGAGUGGGGUCGCGUGGCUUCGACUUCGCCCCCCUCCUCCUUCCUCGUGCCGGCAGAGUCGAGCAAAAGACGGAGGAGGAGGAGCGCCUUACCUCACAAUCACCCCACCGCGAGGAGCUUCACACCGGCAGCAGACCUCCAUCUUCUGACGGCAUUUUUUUUUCCCUGCCCAGAGAACGCUAAAGCAAAGAGAGGAAGAGGAGCGAGGCGAAAGAGGAUAAUUGCGUUUCUGGCUGCCCCGUGGGAACAUGGGAUAUAUGACCUCAUCAUUCACCUGCGAGGCUCUCCACUGAACAACCCCACACAGUGCAGACGUAUGAUGGACGCAGCGGUCGAGGGUGACGACGCCCACCAAGCGGGGCCUUGUGAUGUCAUCGGCCGCACCCCGCCUCCCCCCUUUGUGCCCUCCCUCUGCAGCACUCCGAAAGAGGACGAGGACAGGAAGCCGGAGCAGCAGACCCUCGGCAAGCACGUGCAGCCAAAGAAAAAAGUCAAGGCCAAAGGCAAGCUGGUGCGCAGCAUGGCCGUGUGCGAGGACUCGCAGGAAGACAACCAGGUAACGCCCCCUCGCAACCCCCCCCCCCCCCUUCGCCACCGCAGCUCAUCACUCUCGCCCCUUCCCCCCCCGCAGACCACAUCCGUCGUCUCGCCCGCCCGCAGCGAGGAAGACGCCACUUCCCGCCAGGAGGAAGAGGAGCAGGAAGCCGACGGAAAGAAAAAACUCUCCAAAGAGUCCAGCCUGGAGUACACCGACUCCACCGGCAUCGACCUGCAGCGCUUCAUCGUGGACACCCUGAACAGUAACCCCAGGGACCGCAUGAUGCUGCUCAAGCUGGAGCAGGACAUGAUGGACUUCAUCACCAGCGAUAGCCCCUUCAAAAAGUUCCCCCACAUGUCGUCCUACCACCGCAUGCUGGUCCACAGGGUGGCGGCCUACUUUGGCAUGGAGCACAACGUGGACCAGACGGGCAAGUCUGUCAUCAUCAACCGGACCAGCAGCACUCGCAUACCAGAGCAGCGUUUCCUGGAUCAGGUGCACGAGGACAAAGCCACAGAGAUCCAUCACUGGAAAAGCAUCUUGAAGCGGGACAACAGCGCCGAUGAGCAGACGCGACGCUACGCCUUACGCGAGAAGCAAAGCAAGUCUGUGGAGGAGAGGGAGGAGGAAUACCAACGAGUGCGGGAUAGAAUCUUCAGCCAAGAGCCUCCGUGCACGCAGGAGGGCGGCCAAGCAGAAAGCAGGACUGCGGAGGAGUGCAACCCGUACGCCGAGACCCAGAGGAGAAGGCAGCUCUUCAGGGGGAGCCAUGACAGCUCGGGCUCCAGCUGGACGGGGAGCAGCAGGCAGAGCAGCACGGACACGGACUGUCGCUACGGCAACGAGCCCCCGCCGUGGAGCAGCACCGACUCGGAUUCCUCCUACCAGUGGACCAGCCCCGCCCCCAAGCCUCACCAGGCCGCCAGUCACGGCUGGGACGGGCGAGGCGCAGCAGGCUCCAUCUCGCUCUUCAGAGUCUCCUCCGCCUGCCCCCACCCCUCCUCCCCCACCGCCAUGGCCGAGCCCGCCGCAAACCCCGCCUACAUCCUGGAGAACGGGAUCCCGCCGGGAAGCAUCCUUGUCAACCCUCACACUGGGCAGCCUUUCCUGAACCCUGAUGGAACCCCCGUGGUGUACAACCCACCUGCUGGCCAGCAGCCAAUCAGGAGCCAGAUGCAAGGCGCUCCGUCGCAGCAGCCGCCACCACAGGUGUACUCGUCCGUCUCCUACACGGCCCCACAGAUGCUAACCGUCGCUCCCUCGCAGCCAUUCCCCGCCGUACGUGUCCAACUUCCUGUUUGGUUGCCGACUUCCUGUUUGCACGCUAACAGUUGGCCUCCGCAGGUGGAUGAGCUGUCCUCACAGUUUGCACACGUGACCGUCAGCUGUCAGUCAUCAGGGGAAGCCCCGCCCCUUUACCCAAGCGCACAGAGCUUCGUCUAUGCAGCUCCUCCCCCUCCUCCUCCUCCUCCUCCCCCCGCCGCCGCCAACCCCCACAGCUACUGCCAGCCUUCACCGCAGGUGCCUGCCUUCUACUACGGCCAGUAUCCUACCUCGCCUCAGAACCCCGUCAAAGCCGCCUCCCCCAGCUGCAACCCCGCAGGUUACGCCCCCGUGGUGGGGGUGCAGCAGCCGGUGCUGGGGGGCUACACGCCAAUGGCCCCCCACCACUGUAGCAUGGUUCAGGGGGGCGUGUCCAUCCCCUAUCCACAAAGUAAAGUUGGGGAGGCGGCCUACUGCUGCAUGGUGCCCCCGCCGCCCCCACACUGUGCCCACCCUGCCAGCAGUCUCAGCGGGCCCGCCUGGACCGCAUAGCACUUGAUGUGGAUGAAGUCAUCACACAGCACUGAUUUAGCGUCUACACCCCCCCUUCCCCCCCACCCCCACCCCCACCCCCACCCCACGUGUCUUUCUCCCCUCUGUGCCCACAUGUUCGCACAAACCACGCCCACUUUAUAACGCACUGUACCAAAGCUUCCAAGUCCAUAUAUUCAUAUAUUUAUCAAAGCUGCUGUAUUGAAUGCAUAGUUUCUACACACAAAUGGAGUUUUAUAUUGAUAUGAAAUGAUAUAUAUACAUAUAGUAUAUACAUAUAUAUAUAUAUUGUGAUUGACAGCAAAUGCACUGUGUGAAUAUCCAAUAAACAGACAUGGCGGCCUCGACGAGGUCACGUUUGCCUGUCAACGCCGUUCGGCUCUUUGCACUCGACUCCACAAAAAGAUUCAUUCCUAUUUCUAGAAAGAGACCCGCAGCUGGGAUGUCCGACUCAUCAGAGACCCCUACUGGCCAAAGGCUGCAUCUGCAACCACUUGUUCUCCCCAUCAUCAGGAGCGCAUUAUAAUCACAAUAAUAAUAUUCACCGAUACAUCGAUGCGAAUGCAUGGGCUCAUUCACUGAGUAUGUAUGCAAUUGACGGGAGAAAUCUAGAUUCGUCGCGAUGCGUUUGUGGGUUUCGGUAAAAUCCGAUGCAAGCGCCGUUUUAUUAAUGUUCAACUUCACCCCACAUGCUGUUCCCCAGGUGCCAUGAAUGCACCAUCGUUAUUUGGCGUUUUGUAUUGAAUACGGACGGAAGCCGUGAGGCACAUACAACCACGAGUAAAACAGCAUGGACGUUCGUAGCAAGCAGCAGCGAGGAACUUUCUAGAUUUAACCCCCCCCCCCCUUGAAAAGGGGGCACCCCAACACGGACAAGUCUACCGCACCCCCCCCACCCCGUCUAGUUCCUCGUCGGACACCGGAAGAACCAAGCAAAUCAGGUCAGUGGAUCUUCAGCUGCUUUCCAAAUUGUCCAGGAGCUAUUUGUCCGUCCCCAACAACUGCCCCCCCCCCCCCCAAGAGAGCAGUUGGCUUCUUCCUGAACUGUGAAACAAUUUAAAAAGGGUAUAAGUUUUCCACUUUCUGCUCCCCACAACUGUAUUAGCCUAACUGCUAGCUCAUUCAUAUUAGCAGUAUGUUUAGCCGACAGGAAUAUAAACAAACAUUGAUUCCACUGUUGAAAGUGUCACUUUAACUUUGUUGUUGCUGUACUGUAUUUUUUACAGCAGUAAUUAUUGAACCACUGCUACUGUAAUUGCAUAGUCGAUGGGAAAAAGUUGUUUUUGAAAAGUUGUUGCUGUUUUAAGAUGGCACAAAGUCAACUAUAAUUUCGUGAUUAAAAAAAACAAUCAGAAUUAAUCAUUAAUGAUAUUACUCCUUCAUAAAUAAAUGUAAAAAGAAUGGAAAAAUAUGUGAACGAAUUGGCAUUGACCUUUGUGUUGGAGUAUCGUUUCAUGAGGUUAAGGCUAAAGGCCGAGCUUGUGGCUUGCAGUUCUACACCCAAACGCUAGUGGGCAGUGAGGAACCACAAUUAAUGGCGUUGGUAAGGUUAGAAAGACUCUCAUUAGAUUAGCCCAAACUGGAAAAGCUCUACUUUUAUUGCCAUUACCCUCAACACUGGCUAUCAUAUUGCAAUAAAUUCGAAUGUAUGAAUAUGUACUUCCUGACUCCAUUUGUCAUGAGAAUGUACUCCUGGAAUGUUUAAAGGAGAAACGUGAAAGUCCACAGAUGACUUCAGUGCCCUUUCUCCUUGACACCUGUAAUCACCUCCACUCCAACGUGUGUGUGUGUGUGUGUGUGUGUGUGUGUGUGGGAGAUAAUUCAUUUUUGAAGUGGAGCUGAUUCGCAUUUGGUAACAUCAAAGCCAAUGAAACGUAUCCAUCAUCCUUGCCCAACUUGGAAAU